UGCUGCUGAGCGCGGGCGGAAACGAACGAGGCACCUUCCCAAGGAGCCAGGGGGCUGCUGCUUCCCGCGGGCUGAGGGGCGGCGCGGCGGGGGCAGCAGAUAACGCCUUGAGGCGGCUCCGUUCUCCCUUUCCUCCCUCUCUUUCUCUCUCUUUCCUCGGCGACAGGAGACAAAAGGCGGCGCGCGGGGAGACGGACGAGGCGCCUCUUUCUCGCCGGGCAGCGAUGGCACACAGGAGCCGGCCGGUGCCGCUGCUGCAGCCUCCGCCUCUGCCGCCUCUGGAUGCCCUCCGAGCCGGGGGUUGUCACUAGCAACGGGAGGCGCGGCGCUCUUCCUGACGGUAACGGCGAGAAAGGAGGCUUUCGGCCACCCGGCGACCAUGGGCAGAUGCAACGGGCGCUGCACGCUGGUCGGCUUCUGCUCCUUGCAACUGGUUGCAGCCCUGGAGAGACAGAUAUUUGACUUUCUGGGUUAUCAAUGGUUGCCGAUCCUGGCCAAUUUUUUACACAUUAUGGCCGUCAUUCUGGGUAUUUUUGGCACCCUUCAGUACAGAUCCAGAUACCUCAUGCUGUAUGCUGUGUGGCUCAUUGUCUGGGUUGGCUGGAAUGCAUUCAUCAUCUGUUUCUACCUGGAAGUCGGACACCUUUCACAGGAUCGAGACUUCAUCAUGACUUUUAACACAUCAUUGCAUCGCUCGUGGUGGAUGGAGAAUGGUCCUGGUUGCCUGGUAACCCCUGUGAUCAACUCCAACCUGGCCUUAGAAGACCAUCACGUCAUCACAGUAACUGGAUGCUUGCUUGAUUAUCAAUACAUUGAGGUGGUGAGCAGUGCAAUGCAGAUAUUCCUUGCGCUAUUCGGAUUUGUUUACGCCUGCUAUGUCAGCAAAAUGUUUAUGGAGGAGGAAGACAGCUUUGAUUUUAUUGGAGGGUUUGAUUCCUACGGCUACCAAGCACCACAAAAGAUGUCACACCUGCAGCUGCAGCCUUUAUACACCUCUGGAUAAUUGCUUCCUUGCCUACCUACAAUGAACAAGCCUUUGGGGAUGUUUGCAAACCACAAUAACAACGCCAAGCCACCAAGAUAAAUGGAGUAGGGCAAAGCAUUUUCAAGGCCGUUGUCAGUUCUGCUGGAGAUUUGGUGUUCCAGGGGGGACAACUAUGGUGACUCCAUCUUGUCCUUCUCAUCCGUUAAUGCCUUUCGUUUGGUACUUAAGCAAGAAUCAUGAACCCAUUGGGGAAACUUUGACCAACACUGUUUUUCCAAAUCUAACAGUUUCUGCUUAAAAGGACCUCGGAGCCAAAACAAGCUCAGGACUCCACCUACUGGCCAAGUUGUGUACUGUCACUGGUUCACACUGGCCAAUCCUCCAAACUUGUGGUCUUAUUCUUGUCUCCAAGAUGUGGGGAAGAAUCUUUUUCUAAGCGAGAUCCUUUUUUUUUUUUUUUGGUCAGAUUUUUUGUUCGUUUGUUGGUUUUUCUAAAAAAAUAAUAAUAAUUUUGGGUCACGUCUUGUCUGAGCAAAUGACUUUCAGUGUGCGUUAAUCUGUAGGUUGCAAUAUUUUGCAAUAACGAAAAGGAGUAAAGGAGUAAAUGAAUGAAACAUGAAAUAAAAGGUGGGUAAUG